GCCUGGUAAUCUGUGCUCUCUAAGGUUAUAGGGAUUCUGGAACUGUCUUCUCAGGAGAAGAGUGUACCAAGAAAUCUUAGAGAGACUUCCUAAGAGGAUUUGGCAGAAUAUAAGAGAGGAUGCACAAGUUUCAGAGACCUUGAGCAUUCUGGCUGUUGCUGACCAGACAAUAGGAAAUGGGCAUCCAGUCAACUGGUUUGACUAUGCAUUGGCUACAAAAAUUACAGGGGGUUUGCAUGCUAUGGAGGACUCAGAUGUCCUGUCGCACUGUCCACAUUCAUACCAAGCAACUUGCAUCUCUGCAGUGGGGCCACCAGGAAGUUCCUGCUAAGUUUAACUUUGCAAGUGAUGUGAUGGAUUACUGGGCUGGCAUGGAGAAGGCUGGCAAUAGACACCUGGGUCCAGCCCUCUGGUGGGUGAGUGGUGAUGGCGAUGAAGUGAAGUGGAACUUCAGUCAACUGAGUGAACUCAGCCAACAGGUGGCCAAUGUACUCUCGGGAGCAUGUGGCCUGCAGCGUGGGGACCGUGUGGCAGUGGUGCUGCCCCGAGUUCCUGAGUGGUGGCUGGUGACUCUGGGCUGCAUGCGAGCAGGCCUUGUCUUCAUGCCUGGGACUAUCCAGCUUAGAGCCAAAGACAUACUCUACAGGCUUCAGGUGUCUAAGGCCAAGGCCAUCGUGGCUGGGGAUGAAGUGGCUCAGGCAGUGGACACUGUGGCACCUGACUGCCCUUCUCUGAAAACAAAGAUACUAGUGUCUGAAAAAAGUCAGGAUGGGUGGCUGGAAUUCAAGACAUUAUUACAAGGAGCAUCUACCACUCAUCAACGUGUGGAGACAGGAAGCCAAGAAGCAGCUGCUAUCUACUUCACCAGUGGGACCACAGGCCUUCCCAAAAUGGCAGAACAUUCCCAUGCAAGCCUGGGCAUCAAGGCCAAGAUGGAUGCUGGCCUAUGGAUAGGCCUGCAAGCCUCAGACCUAAUAUGGACCAUAUCAGACACAGGUUGGGUAGUGAACAUCAUGAGCUCAUUUCUGGAUCCCUGGACAUCAGGAGCAUGCAUAUUUAUCCAUCUCUUGCCAAAGUUUGACCCAGUGGUAAUUCUAAAGGUGCUGUCCAGCUACCCAAUCAACAACCUGGUAGGAGCACCCAUUGUUUACUGAAUGCUGCUACAACAGGACCUUUCCAGUUACAAGUUCCCACAUCUACAGAACUGCUUCAGUGGAGGGGAGACCCUCCUCCCAGAAACUCUGAAGAGCUGGAAGUCUCAGACAGGACUGGAUAUUCGAGAGUUUUAUGGCCAGACAGAAACGGGACUCACAUGCAGAGUUUCCAAGACAAUGAAAGUCAAGCCUGGCUGCCUGGGGACUGCGAUUCCCCAUUACGAUGUGCAGGUCAUAGAUGACAAGGGCUAUGUCCUGCCCCCUGGUGCAGAAGGAGACUUGGGCAUCAGGAUCAAACCCAUAAAGCCCAUAGGUAUCUUCUCUGGCUACGUGGAUAAUCUGGAGAAGACAGCAGCCAACAUACGAGGGGAUUUUUGGCUCACAGGAGACCGGGCCAUCAAGGAUCAAGAUGGAUAUUUCCAGUACAUGGGGCGGGCAGAUGAGAUCAUUAACGCCAGUGGGUACCGGAUUGGACCCACGGAAGUGGAGAAUGCACUGAUGGAGCACCCUGCUGUGGUGGAGGCAGCUGUUACCAGCAGUCCAGACCCCAUACGAGGAGAGGUGGUGAAGGCAUUUGUGGUCCUGGCACCACAGUUUAUGUCCUAUGAUCCAGGCCAGCUCACCAAGAAGCUGCAGCAGCAUGUGAAGUCAGUGACAGCCCCGUACAAGUACCCAAGGAAGAUAGAGUUUGUCUUGGACCUGCCAAAAACUGCCACAGGGAAAAUCCAGAGGAAGAAGCUUCAAGAUAAGGAAUGGAAGAAGUCUGGGUCAGCCAGGACCCAGUGAGAACUGCAAGGUGUUUUUCUUUUGGGCCCUGCCCUUAUUCCCCUUCCAUUUCCCUUUGGGCGAUCUGCCUUCUUAUGGAGAUAUGAGAUUCUUUAUAACAAGACAUUUGAUUUUUGUCUUUCCCUGGUUAUUAGCUCAAAAUCUUGCUAUGUUAGAUGUUGAAGGAAGCAAGGGAGGGCAGGAUUUGGAGUGAGGAAAGGAGAGGAUAAUGGGAAAAAAAAGAAAUAAAAUGAGACAGAGAAGUAUAAAGAAGCAAUUAAGAAAAGAAGGAAGGAAGCUGGGAUGGAGGUAGGGAGGAAAGAUAAAAUGAAUUGUACAGAAAAAAAGAGAAAGAAAGAAGGAGAGAGUAAAGAAGGAAGGAAGGAAGGGAGGGAGGGAAAAGAAAAGGAAGAAAUUGAUAAAAUAGAAACUAAUAAACAAAAAUAAUGGAAGACAAGGAUAAGAAGGAGGAGUGGAAAAACUUAUUAUUACUCCCACAGAUGGACAGAUGAACCAACAGUAACCAAAUCAAGUUGAAAAUUGGAUUUUAGGAAAGAACUAAAAGGCUAUGGUUCCCCAUCUCACCCUUUGAACAGGACCUCCACAUAGGCUUACUUGGUUAGGCAUUGUUCCACAAAGCGAAAGGUUACCAGUUCGAUUACUGGUCAGGGUAUAUGUAUGGGUUGCAGGUUUGGUCCCCAGUCAGGACACAUACAAGAGGCAACAGAUCAAUGUUUCUGUCUCAUAUUGAU